AUGUUUGCAACAAGGAUCCUCUUUGCUGGUCACACAGGCACAACCCUUCUUCUCUUUCUCAUAUGUCUCCAAGUCCAGGCUAGCAGAGCACAGCCUAGUCAUCUUUGCGCUCCUUCUUCAUGUGGCAAUAUCCAUAACAUCAGCUUGCCUUUUAGGCUAAAAGGGGAUCCAUCAAACUGUGGUUACUCUUUCUAUGAGCUAUCAUGUGAGAACAAUCAAACGGUCCUGUACAUGUAUUCAGGAAGAUACCUUGUCCAGUCCAUCAAUUACAAUAACUCCACAAUAAGAGUUUCUGAUUCCAAUGUUAAUAAGGAUAACUGCUCCUCUCUCCCUCAGCAUUCUUUGACAGGAAGCAACUUCAGUUAUGUAGACCCUUAUGAGUGGCGCACCUCUUCUUGGCAACCACUUAAUGAUUCACGGAAGGUGAUGAUCUUCAUGAAGUGUGCGAAUCCGGUGAAGUCUCCUCUUUGUGUGGACACUGUUCCUUGCCUCGACGGAACAAAUUCUUAUGUUUUACUUGAGGCCAAUCUGUCAUAUGUGGAGAACUUAUGCAAAGUGGAGCUAAUUGCUAUGUCAUCGUUGCUGAUGAAAGAUUACAGAAACAUUUCAUACAUGGACAUCCAUAACAAGCUUGUUUAUGGAUUUGAGAUUUGGUGGAAAGAAGUAUACUGUGGAUUUUGCAAAGGAAAAGAAAAGUGCAAACUUUCAGGCCAAGGUUUUUCCUGUCCCACCGAAAGCAUAUUUGACCAAAUAAUCGCCCAAAUUAGAGCACUUUGGUGGUUUAUGUUGUUGAUUCUUGGUAAGAAUUUUUCUGUUCUUUUGGAUUAUAAGUUCAAAUCAUAUUUUCCAGCAGGCAAAGAUGCCAAUGGCAGCUGA